AUGCGGUCUAUUUUAGCUUGGGUCCUCUUGGCCCUGUUUGUGUGUGUGAACGCCCGUACAACAUACAAACAGCAACCCGUCACCGCGCAGAUCACCUCACUAACUGACAAGGAUGCAAGAUACAAGGCCAGCGUUCAUCCAGCAUUCGCCAACGCCGGGAGGCAAGCGGGCGUGGAAGUGUGGAGGAUAGUGAACUUCAACCCUGUCGCCGUCUCUCAGAAUGAUGUGGGCAAAUUCAACAAGGGAGAUUCCUAUAUUGUACUCAGAACAACAGCCGACAAAAGAAACAACUUAUCAUGGGACAUCUACUACUGGAUCGGUAGCGAGUCCACACAGGACGAGUCCGGAGCCGCCGCCAUCUUGACUGUGGGUCUGGACGACAAGUUCGGAGGCGCUGCCGUCCAGCACAGGGAGGCCUUGGGCCAUGAGAGCCAACAGUUCCAGUCUUUAUUCCAACCGGCGAUCAGGUACGUGGACGGCGGUGCUGCGUCAGGCUUCAACCAUGUAGUCACCAACCCAGGCGCUGAGAAGCGUCUGUUUCAGAUCAAAGGCAAAAAGAACGUCCGCGUCAGACAGGUGGACCCGCUCAUCUCGUCAAUGAAUAAAGGAGACUGCUUCAUCCUGGACAUAAAUAACGACAUCUUGGUAUACGUGGGUGAAGGCGCCAACAACAAGGAGAGGCUGAAGGCUAUCUCCGUCGCCAACCAGAUCAGAGACCAGGACCACAAUGGAAGGGGACGUGUUGAAAUUAUCGACCAGUACUCCAGUGAAACGGACGUUCAGAAGUUCUUCACCGCAUUAGGAUCUGGCACAAAAGACAUCGUUCCGGAACCAAGCGCCGGUGGUGAUGAUCAGACGUUCGAGAGAAGUGAAGAAGACAAUGUGAAUCUGUCGGAGAUUUCUGACAGCACUGGAUCAUUGGUGGCUACGCCACUGAGGAAGCCCUUUAGACAGGAGCAACUCAAACCCCAAGAAACGUACAUUCUGGACACAGUCAGCGGCAGUAUCUACGUGUGGGUCGGAAAACAGGCUUCACAACGGGAAAAGACUGAAGCGAUGUCAAAGGCGCAGCAGUUGUUGAGCUCCAAAAAUUAUCCGUCGUGGGUUCACGUAACCAAGAUUCCUCAAGGAACUGAGCCAGCUGCAUUCAAACAAUAUUUCGCGACUUGGCGCGAUGCUGGAAUGUCACAUUCAAGACUCGUCAGAUCUGUAGGAGCUUCCAAAUCCUAUAGUACAAUGGAAUCAAAGUUGCCGAAACUGUACAAGGGGGUUGUGACAUCCGGAAACACCAUGAUUUUUGAGGAAAUUCCAGAAUUCAAACAAACCGAUCUAAGACAAAAUGCAAUAUUUGCGCUGGACAUGGGUGACGACUUAUUUGUCUGGAUAGGUGAAGAUGUAACUGAUGAGGAACGUAAAGUAGCCUUCGAUAUAUAUAACCAUGUACAGCCGUUGAAGAGAGGUUAUCCCAACAAAUGGUACGUCGUAAUGACUAAACAGGGACUGGAACCGGAGUCUUUUAAGAAGUCCUUUGGACGCUGGGAACCCGAGCUGCUGAUUAAACUUAGGGACAGUGACGAUGACGAUGAGAAAUUUGAUGCGUUGAAUUUCAAUGAAGUGGAAGAUUAA